AUGCAGUUGAUCGUAAUCGGUGCGUUUGUGCACAAGGCGUUUUACAUGGCUGCUGUAAUCAAACACUACAUCAGCCUUGUUUCACACAUGACCGGCGUUGACCCUGAGAACGGUGCUACAGCGUCCGAACAACCCGAUUCUACUCGGGCCCUAGAUGCCGACAAGAACAAUCGGCAUACCGAGUCCAAUGUUCAGUUCUACGUAAUUUACAACCGCACCAAACAUUUUUUCGAUCUCCCCAUCAGUACAACAAUGCUGGAACUCAAAUCGUUGUUGGAACCACUCACCCAGGUGCCGGUGCAAAUGCAAAAGCUCAUUUUCCGCGGCAUGCUUUCCGAUGGCUCCACACUACGCGACCUCAAAUUACCGCCCCGCGAUGCCAAGUUGAUGCUUAUUGGAUCGCGUCAGUCGGAGGCCGAUCAGUUGAGACAAGUGGAAGCUACAGGUUCGAGCGGUAUUGUUGUUGGUGAUGACAUCGUCGGCUCGCCUGAUAUCGAUUCCGAGUGGUGUGAGCAAACGGAACAUAAACGAGUGUUAGAGCGGUUUGGGAAGCCGGAGAAUGCAAUGGUCGGAAUUCUGAAUUCAGAAGAAAUAUUGGCACCCGACGAAUCCCUUACAGGCCUUUACGAUAAGCGUGGUCGUGCCUUACGUCUACGCGUCCGACCAGAUACGUGUGAGCUGUGGCUGGCCACGUGCGACGUCACACACAAGUUCCCAUUGACCACUAUCCACGAUGUUCUAAGUCAACCUAUUAAAAGUCAUCCCGAAUAUCACAUCAUGGCUUUCCAAUUAGGUCCCACACCCAAAUCUCGUUAUUUUGUGUACUGGCUUCCCUCACAGUAUGUUGAGUCCAUUAAAACCAUGGUGUUACAACACAAAAUUUUGCAACCAAAUAGCCACACUCAUUUAUAAUCUCUAGGUCUCCUGUCAGCUACUUUUUUCCAACGCGUGUGCUGAGUUUCAGCGGCGUUAUGAGGCCCCCGCUUUUGUGCGCAUAAUUCACGCAUUACCAAAGUUUUCAAAGUUCUUUUUCGACCUGCCUACAUCGUUACUGUACAGAUACUUCUAGGCCUAUUCGGGUCAAAUCUAUCUUGCUAUUCUGUUGAAUCCCACUGUGUACCAUCUCGACUUUGCCAACUCCGACACAUACAAUGUGAUUUUGUGUGUCACUUACUCUUUUCGCUCCCCACUAAAAUCCAUAUGAUCCAUGCACUUCAAGGAAACUUCACUUUGUUCGAUAUUUGUUGAUACCACUUGUUGACAAUCCGUUUCCUGGCAGAUUUGACUUUACUAGCUUAGUAUCCAAAUGAGAUGUUACGAGUUAGUAUUUUCUGCUUUUUUAUUGGGUAUCGGUUGCUUUCAUUCGUAUGAAAUUCAUUUGAUAGUCACCAUUUACCGGUACUCAACCUUUAGAGUUAAUUUGAGUUCCAUUUCGUUCGGUCAUUCAAAGCUAUGGUUCUUGUUUUGAAUGCAAUAUAUUAUUCGUUGCUGAA